GUUUGGGAUUUCACCGAUUUUCGAAGGCGAUUGGAUAUUGCACUAUUCUAUCUCGCUACCCACACGUAAUUUCGGAAUUUUCUAGCAAGAAACGCGUCUCUGUCAUCAACUAAUCGCAAAAAAGUGCGUUGAAGCCCGUGGAACACAUCCACGGCUUUGAGAUGGACGAAGACUCGGCUCCGAAGCAGCCAUCGGACAGGCGUCAGGGCAACGCGGUCGAUCUGCCCCUGGGUCCACCCGGCGUCGAAGAGAAAAGCGGAAACGGGAAGAGCGAGGCCAAGAGCAGCACGUCGGGAAAGGGCGGCAAGUCCAGUUCCAGGCGCCGAUCGAAUUCCCGUGGGCGCUCCGAUUCCCGCAACGCUCCCUCGCCACCAACCACGCGGCGAAGGCGCUCCGUCUCCCGCUCGCCGUCACCCCCCGCCGUGGGCGCUACGACUCCCGACUACGGGCGGUAUCCCCGUCGCCGCUUUGACCGCCGACGCUCUCCUCCCCGACGGAGUCGUCGCUACGGACGCUCCCGCUCUCGCAGCAUCUCGCCCCGACGUGGCGGUCGUUGGUCGCCGAAAAAGAAACCUGCAUCGCCGCCAUUGCCCCCCCAGCAAAUGGCCCCAGGUUACGGCGUCAUGGCCCCUCAGAUGUAUGCUCCCUAUGGCGCUCCACCCGAUGUCUAUGGCCACCAGUACGGAAUGCCGCCGAACGCCUUUCCGCCCCAGGGACCUCCUUCGGGAUACGGCAUGCCAGGACCUCCGGAGCAGACAUCUUUCGGCACUGGCUAUGGACCACCGCCCACUGGCGCUUGGGGCGUUAAUGAGUAUGGCCAGCAGGUGUGGAUGACUCAGCCCAUGACCGCAGUGCAGACGUCUGCUCCGGACGGACUGGUCCAACCACAGCAGACCCGGGAAGCUCCGCCGGACAAGCAGGUGGAGGUGGAGCAGAAGGUACCAGCGCUCGACGGCGCAGGUUUGCCGCCUCAGGACGCUGUGGCACAAGAGGCGGAGAAGCAGAAGGAUGAGCUCAAGAAACAACGGGCAAACUACGUCAAGAAGGUUACGCUGCUUAAGAAGGAAAUGAAAGUGCUGAGGGACCAGCGUGAGGACUUGACCGCAGGCGAAGCGCCACCUUCUCCAACCACCAAGAAUUUUAUUGAGGAAAACGAUCGCUUGCAGGUGCAAAUUAAGAAGAAACUGGAUACAAUCGAAAACGUUAUAGACAUGCUGAACGGCAUAAUUGGCUACGAGGAUCCCGAUGAUGAGCCUCUGAAGUCAAAGGCCCAUGGAAAGCCUCAGCCAGAGCAACAGGGUAGUCGCUCCCACUCCUCCAGUGAGAGCUCUGCCGACAGCUCGGACUCCAGCGCUUCGUCCAGUAGUUCGACGGACUCGUCAUCCGAUGGCGAGGACGAGGAGGAGACCGGCGGCGCCGAGGGCAGUCCCACCAAUCGGCUCAAGCACCGCGCUAUCAAGUCUAUGAAGUCAAAACAGCGACAUGGUGAAACGAAGCCUGCACCAGCUCCAGCACAAAACUACAAUUUUGUGUUUUUCGAUCCCGAACAGCAUUGGUGCGAGAGUUGUGGCGUUUUUCCAAAGUCCGCGCGAGACUAUUUAAAGCACUUACAUGCCGAAGAACACAUGAAUCGCGAGACCAUAGAAACUCCCUGGCAUGUCGGCAUCGACCACGAUCCCUUUCCCACGUUUGAAAACGCGCCUGUAAAGCGCGUCCCUGUUCGAGGCAUGCAGUUUCUGGUCCCGGCCAACGCUUGGUUCUGCAAGCUCUGCAGUGUUUGGAUCGGGGACUUGCACUGCGCUUCCGCUCAUCUCAAGUCUAGGCUACACUCAAACAAAUAUGAGCUAUAUAUAAACCAAAAUCCAAACUAUGAAAUCGAAUGGCAAUCAAACCGUGAACGGGCCAUGAAUCAACAGAAGGAGCAGGAUGACUCUAAAAAUAAAAAGACCAAGAAGGACGAUGACAAGACGUCUAAAAAGCGCAAGAAAAAGAGCAGUGAAAAGAAGAAAAAGAAACGUAAACAUGGGAAGAAGAGCAAGCGAAAUACAAUCGACGCCAACAGCUCAUCUUCAUCCUCCGAUAGUUCUUCGUCGGAAGAGGAAAAGGCGCAGCAACCAAAGAAAGGACGUACCGAAGAACCAUCAAGUGGUCAGACAGAUAAAUCAACUAAUGCCCCCUCGGUACGCGUGGCCAUGCGCAAGCAGGACACUCCCCUGACACAAUCUUUGAAAUCGGAAGUGCCUUUCCAGUCGCCUGCGCCGCCGCCGCCUCCAAUCAUAAAAGAUUCUAUAAAUUCUUCAAGCCGAGGAAAAUGGACUUCUGCCACCGCCGAAGAACAGAAAGAGGAGCAAAAGAAACGGGACGAUGUGAUGAUGAAGCAGUGGAAUACUGUGCAGCCUGUAAUAAGUGAGAGUGAAAAAAAACUGUUGGAACAUCUUAAAGGCAGGCUGAAGAACAAGGGACCCCGUGAAUCGGAGGACCGUAAAAUAGUACCGCAUGCAGCAUUCGCAGCUGAUGAAAAGUUGAAGCGGGGAGGAGGGCGCCGUUCUCGAUCCCGUUCUAAGCGACGCACUCACUCUCGUAGCAUUAGUCGCGGGCGAGAUCGAGAUCGGAGGGAUCGCGAGCGGGACAGAGACCGUGCCCGGCGUCGUCGGUCCCGCAGCCGUGGCAGACACUUCUCCCGUUCGCCCAUAAGAUCCAGCCGAAGAAGUCGUUCCCGGGAGGGUCGAAGCCGACGCAGCCGCAGUCGCUCUGAAGAGCGGGUAGAGCGUCCAGUGAUCAAGCAUUCCGAGUUCCGGCCCCGUACGGUGCCCGAACGCAAGCAGGCGGAAAGUAAGCGCGACAAAAAGGAUCCAGACAUCAAGUUAAAGUCGAAGCCCAAUAGCAACUCUUUGCCUGGAGGCAAGAAACUGCCCUUCAUCGGCAAGAUGCCAGUAUUCAAGAAGCAGCCGGUUGCCGCUGUUAACUACGACCCAGCUGCUGUAGUCUACACCAACGGCUGUUUAGAGGCACCUCCGCCGCCGCCUCCGCCGAUGGGGGGAACAACUGGGCAGGUGGCUGUGCGUCAGCCCGCACCGACAGCGGCACAGAUUCAGAUGGCCAUGAUGGAAGAUGCCUUCGGCAAUGCUCCUCCGUUUCAUCCUGAUGCGGGUAUGAUGGUAGAUUACGACGAGCUGAUGCCAGAUCCCGUCCAGUUCGCCAAUUUGAUGACCAGUUGUCCGCCUCCUCCACCGCCGGGAGAGGGCUCUGACGGGGAAACCCAUGAUCCAGAAGACAACGAACAGAAUGAAAACGAAAACCAUGAGAAGGACGUCCUGCCGCCUGGCAUUGACGAAGCCGAAUCUGAUCUGGCAACGCAGCCUUUGGACGCUGCGGCACAACCACGCGACGGGGAACUGCCAAAAGACUUGGCCGAGGCCCUUAACAUAAUAUUCCCCAGCGAGGGAGCGGUACCGGAGGCUACAAAUGAAAAGCAAAGUGAGCCUAAGACCAUCACCACUAUCGUUGAAGACGAUGCAGUGCUCAGUGAGCAUAAUCUUCAAGACCUGGCCAAGCAAGGUAUUCACCUCGUGACCAUUGACGAGACUGAGGCGUCCAAAAAUUCACCAAUGCCAACAUCGAAGAAGGACGAAGAGUUGCGGAUUAUGAAUGGAAAAUCUGAAGCCGGAGGGAACUUAAAACAGAUUGACGCGGAGGAUAUCCCAAUGCCCAGUUCCCCUCCAACAUCUACGCCAGCCGACGAUGACGCGAAGGGCAAGGCCAUCAAUAAGCAGGCGGACAUCUCUGACAUACCACAGCCGCCGGCAUCGCCUUCAGACAGUGAGAAGCUUCGGCGUCAGGCGGAGCUCGAUGAGUUGGCCAUGCUGGGGAUCGACAGCAGUGACAUGGCGGCACAAUAUGCGUUGUGAGGUUGCAUUGACUUGACCGCACCAAACGGCAUCAGUGACGCCACCUACAUGGAUGCACGGAUCGAAUGACACGUCGGGUUGACCCAUAAGAAGUGGAACAGUUUUAAAAUUUAGUUUGACACCAAUGUACGAGUGCUUAUUUGAAGGAAUGUUUUAAAUAAAUGCGCAUAUAUGUA